AUGAAAUGGCUUCUACCUGGAUUUCUGGUAGAAUUGCAAGGCAAACACGGGGCUGACUCUGGGGCCCUGACAUUGCCUGACCCCCUGCCUGGGGAGGCAGGAACAGGGAAGAGAUUUUGCCUUUGGAGAGCAGGGAAACUGCUACGGACUAUGAAGAAAUUGACUCAGAAUCCUAAGGCAAAAGGUUUGCCUUCUGAUGCUACUGGCUCGCUCCAGAAAACCGAGGGAAAGCCCGAAAUACUGGUACCAGUUACAUUCAGGGAUGUGGCUGUGGUCUUCACACAGGCAGAAUGGGAGCUCCUGAACUCUAAGCAGAGGAUCCUGUACAAAGAAGUGAUGCUGGAGAAUUACAGGAACCUACUUUCAUUGGAAACAAAGCCAGAAACAGACUCCUAUUCCUCUUGCCUUCUGGCCUUCUCCCAUGAGCCACUCCUCAGCCAACAUGUGCUUCCGAGCUUCUUGGACUUUCGUCACUUCCAUCCAGGGGAUUCUGGCCUGGGGCAUCAGGAGCAGAAGUUUUCUUCUCCGAGCUGCUGGAGUGAAAACACAAAAGCUCAAGAGAGAGAAGGUGGCUUCAGAUCCUUGUUUGUGAGGACCGAGGAGAGAGAAACCUCAGGCGCUGUUCCCAGCCCACCCCGAAGACAAUCAGCAAGUCCUAGAGAAGGCAACACGGUGGUAGAAAUAGAGCCCAGGUCAGCCCAGAGGGUCCGCUCUGUGCAAACAGGCAGAGGAGCGAAGGAGUCAGGAACCCUGAGAUCCAGAGUGGUCGGCCAUAGCAAGCACGAACUAGACUGUAGUCUGAAACCAAACUUAGCUAUAAACCAGGUGACCCUCUCAGAGGAGAAGCCCUAUGUUUGCAGGGAGUGUGGGCGAGGCUUUAACAAUAAGUCAAACCUCAACAGACACCAUCGGACACACUCAAUGGAGAAGCCUUAUGUGUGUGGUGAGUGUGGCCGAGGCUUUAGCCUGAUGGCAAUCCUUGUCCAUCACCAGAGGACACACUCAGGAGAGAAGCCGUAUGUGUGCAAGGAGUGCGGGCGAGGCUUUAGCAAGAAGUCCAAUCUGAACAGACACACAGAAACACAUUCAGAAGAGAAGCCUUAUUCAUGCAGGGAGUGUGGGCAGAGCUUUAGAAACAAUUUAGUCCUCAUUAAACAUCAGUGGACUCACUCUGGGGAGAAGCCCUACGUCUGCCCGGAGUGUGGACGGGGAUUUGCUUAUAAGUCCACCCUCAGAAAGCACCAGAGGACUCAUUCAGGAGAGAAGCCCUAUAUUUGUCAGGAGUGUGGGCAUGGCUUCAGCGAGAAGUCAUCUUUCAUCAGACACCAGAGGACACACUCAGGAGAGAAACCCUUUGUGUGCCUGGAGUGUGGACGAGGAUUUGGUGACAAGUCAACCCUCAGAAAACACCAGAGGACACACUCGGGAGAGAAACCUUACAAGUGCAAUGAAUGUGGCCGAAGCUUUACCCAGAAGUCAUUCCUCCUCAUUCACCAGGGGACACACUCUGGAGAGAAGCAUGUUUGCAGGGAGUGUGGACGAAGCUUUAGCUACAAGUCAAAUCUCAUCAGACACCAGAAGACACACUCAGAUGUGAAGCCUUAUAUCUGUAGGGAGUGCGGGCGAGGCUUUUUCUAUAAGUCGGACCUCAUCAUCCAUGAAAGAACACACUCCGGAGAGAAGCCUUUCGUGUGCAGUGAGUGUGGGCGAAGCUUUAGCCAGAAGUCAUUCCUCGUUAUUCACCAGGGGACACACUCGGGGAAGAAGCAUGUUUGCAGGGACUGUGGGCGAAGCUUUAUCUACAGGUCAAAUCUCAUCACACACCAGAGGAAACACUUGGGGAAAAGCAUGUUUCCAGGGAUCACGGACAAGACUCAGCCAUCAGUCGAACCUCAUCUGACACCAGAGAGACACGUGGGGUCUGUGUGUGGCGUGAGUGUACUUUCAGAGAUGUGUUGA